AUGUCUGGAAUUAUCAAUGAUCCUGAAUCGAAAAGUAGUAUUAAUUCUAAAGACCAACCUCCCAAAAAAAUAUUUAAUGAAGCAAUAACUUCGAAAACAAAGUGCAUGAAUAGCAUUAUAUUUGGUGAUAUUGGUACUUCUCCUUUAUAUGUGUUCACCGGGAUCUUUACGAAUCCACCUACGGACCCUCAAGAUGUUUAUGGUGCUUUAUCUUUGAUUGUUUGGUCAUUGACAAUUGUGCCAUUGAUAAAAUAUGUUUUCAUUGUACUCCGAGCUGAUGACCAUGGUGAGGGUGGCACUUUUGCUUUAUACUCGUUAUUGAGUCGUCAUUCUGGAAUUUCUGUACGAGGAAAUGAGAAUUCUGAUGAUUUGAUGAUUGCAAAUUACGAUACCAUGUCAAUUAUUAGUUCUAAGGAACCAAACUUCAUUAAACGCAGUAAGACUGUACAGUCUAUUUUACUUGGUGUGGUCCUUCUUGGCUCUUCCUUAGUUAUGAGUGAUGGCCUGCUAACUCCUGCUAUUUCCGUAAUUUCCGCUGUUGAGGUAUAUACAGGCCAAGCUGCUCGUUUAAUUUUAGACCCUACCUUAAUUUCCAAUACUUUUUGGUUAACUACUCCUUCUAAUCCUGGAGUUUAUUGGAUUAUAUUUAUCUUAGCUAUUUUAGCUACAAUUAUAGCUUCUCAGGCUAUGAUUUCCGCUACCUUUUCUUUAAUUUACCAAUCGAUGCAAUUAGAUUGUUUUCCUGAUGUUAAGGUCAUUCAUACCUCAAACAAAGUCAGAGGCCAAAUUUAUAUUCCCAGGGUUAAUUACACCUUGAUGGUCUUGAUUGUGCUCAUUUUCGCUUAUGGUGUGGCUGUUUCAUCUGUUAUGAUUAUCACAACAACAUUACUAGCAAUUGUAAUUCACCUUGUUUGGCAUCUUCCUGUUUUUGUUUCAAUAAUAUUCUUUUUUGUUUUUGGUGUUGUCGAUGCUUCAUUUUUGGUUGCAACCUUACAAAAGGUUCAGAAUGGUGGUUGGCUUACUUUAACUAUUGCAUUAUCGCUUACCAUUAUAAUGCUCAUAUGGAGAUGGGGUACAAUUCGUAAGAUACGUUAUGAACUUGUGCAUAGGCCUAACCUUGGUAAAAUUUUUGACCAAUCUGAAAAACUUGAAAAAGCUGUUUCCACUGAUCUAGUUGUAAACGAUGAUAAUAACAUUAUAAACGAUGAUACACCAACUUUUCAAGAACCUACUAUACAAACUGAAUCCGUAAUACAACUUCGUUUAUCAGGUUCUGAUAAUCACUUAACACGUUCUCCGGGUAUUGGAUUAUUCUAUAGUGGUGUCGGAUCUAAGAUUCCAUUAACUUUCUCUCAUUUUAUAAAACACUUUCCAAUCGUACCUCAAAAUCUCGUUUUUAUCACAAUUCGACCUAUAGCCGUUCCAGUGGUCGGUGACUAUGAUCGUUUAGUAGUGAAAAAAGUUGGAAAUUAUGAAGGUUGUUAUCAUGCAACUGCUAGAUUUGGUUAUUCUGAAGAAGUUUCACAAGGAAGAGAAUUUAUUUUACAAUUAGUUGAAUCAAUUCAAAAUAUUGACCCUGCUAACAAAACUUUAACAAAAGACAUUGAUUUUGAUAGUAAAACAAUUACAUACGUUUUAGGUGAACAAUCAUUUUAUCCUAAGCCUGGUUCUCCAUGGUGGAGAAAGGCUUUGGUUAGCUUAUAUACUGUUUUGGUAAUUAAUUCAAGAAAACAGUAUGAUAAUUUGAAUAUUCCAUUUGAGAAUACUGUUGGUGUGGGUAUGAAGGUUGCACUUUAA